UAAACAUGCAUCUCAGCAUAAUAUCUCUUCUUUGCGCUGUUGCCUACGGCAUAAACCGUAUUUCAGGUCCAAAUCUCAAAGCUGUUAACUUUGCCGGAAAGAUAAAAAGACAAAAGCUCAACGGAAGCCUGAUAAGAGAUAUAGAAGUGGAUUCGGAAAGUUCCUGUCAGUUUGAGUGUGUGUAUGAAGAGCGAUGUCAGUCUUACAACUUUGGAACCGUAAAGGGCGACUCAAACAAAUUCAAGUGUCAACUAAGCGACUCUGAUCGAUUUGCUGGAUUUGCUAACUUUAUCGAGGAUAAAGAUUUCAUUUACAGGGGAAUAAAGAGCGCGUGUGAGGAAGACAGUUUCCGAUGUGGUGAUCACAGUAUAUGCGUUCCCAACUAUCAAGAUGACAGCAUUCGAUGCCAGUGUAAGCAUGGCUUCACAGGAAAACCUUGCGAACCGAAAAGCUGCUCUCAAUUGUUUCAAGAUGGUUUCAAUUCUAGUGGCGUAUACACCAUCAAUCCAGAUGGCGGCAAACCAAUCCAAGUGUUAUGUGACAUGAUCGCAGACGGUGGAGGCUGGACCGUUUUUCAGAAACGCUUGGACGGCUCUGUUGACUUUUAUCUUAAAUGGGAAUCCUACAAAAACGGCUUCGGAGAUCUGAGCGGAGAGUUCUGGCUUGGAAACGACAAUCUUCACCGUUUAACAGCCGCUGAUCAUGUCAUGUUGAGAGUUGACCUGGAAGACUUUGAAGGGAACAUCACAUAUGCUGAGUACACGGAUUUUGGUGUGGCAGACGAAGCUGAUAAGUACCGGCUUUUGAUCGGAGGAUACAAGGGCACCGCUGGUGACUCUAUGACGCUACAUAACAAUAUGAGGUUUUCUACGAAUGAUCAAGACAAUGACGGAGGUAACAGCCACUGCUCCCAACUCUUCAAGGGAGCCUGGUGGUACGAAAACUGCCAUCACUCCAAUCUGAACGGAUUGUAUCUCAAUGGCUCCCAUGUGUCUUAUGCUGAUGGGGUCAACUGGUAUUCUUUCAGGGGCUAUCAAUACUCACUAAAACGCACCGAGAUGAAAGUAAAAACCAAAGCAUAAGACAAUGUCUUACCCAAGAUAACGCGCAAAUCAAAUCGAGGCUUCAACAUCCUCCCCCCCUCCCCCAGGCAACACUCGGGCAUUUGACUGUCGUUCUUUCAAAAGGGUGGGGAACUUGAACCUUUCCUGGGUGGGGUGGGCAAUUUGUCUGAACCUGCCAAGUCCUUCCAGCGGAAUACACGUGUUUUAUGUCUUAGUAUGGAGCUGUUAAAAGGUAAAGAGUUCACUUUCGCAAAAAGAUGGCUACGAGGGAAAGGUCUACAAGAAAGUUACAGUCACUGAUCUUGCUUCUUACAAAAAAUUGACGGGAAUUUGAACGAGCCAGUCUUUAAAAGUUCAAAUGCCCGGGGAGUUUCGGGGGGGGGGGGGGAUGUUGAAGCUUUUGAAUUGAUUGACGCUUAACCGACAAGAAAACGAUUUGAACUGAAGCUCGCGCUAAACCUAAGUCAGCAAGUUGAUACGUAUAUAUGAUGACACUACUAAAUUGAAUUUUGUUAGUAGCUUCAAUGCAAUUUUUAGCAUUGAAUUAGUAUUUAGGUGGAGCUUAUAGUAAACAAUGCCAUUUUUUUUUUCAAAAUAAAAACUGUCUGUUGCAUCCAUGUUUUGUUAUUUAACAAAGUUUAUGAAGCCUUGGACCUACUUUGAGUGCAAUAGAAAGUAUCUAUUUCACUUGUAUAGUCCUCACAGUUACUUACUGCGAUUUACUAUGGGACACAUGCUCCCCAUCAUCAACGCUAGAGCUCGAGUAUAUACAUGUAUGUGCUGCUAAAGUCAUACAUAGACUGCCUUGGGACACUCAGGAUGUUCUAUCCUUGACUGUGUGGGAUUCGUAUUUAAAUAUGUAUGAAACUGGGUGAUUGCUUUUAUUUAUAUACAGGGUACAUAAUGAUAUGGAGGCAGAUGAUAUUCUGUCUUUUUAAUUAGAUCUAGAGUAGUAGUUCUAAUUAUAAUUUAUGCAACUCCCCAAGUUUUAAAUUACCACAUCUUAACGUAGAUUUAGGGAGAACCUCUCUAGGAUGAAGAGGGCUUUUAGCCUAGAAUAUAACCGUCAACAUGUUAUUUCAGAAGGAAGCCUUUACAAACUCGAAUAAAUACCAAGAUUACUUUUAUUAUUGACUACUAUUUGCAAACAUUUUGAUUUACACUUAGAACUUUAGAUUAAUAGUGUAUUGUUGUAUGUCGUACAUGCAAGUCCAU